GAAAUGUUAUGUACAAGAAAUAUAGAUGACCACCAAGAGAUUAAAGAUUAUUUGUAUCAGGAAAAAGAAGAGACGUGGCUUUGGAAUUUUAACAUCAGUAUUACUGAUUCAAUACAAUUGCCGUACUGAAACGAUCUCCAUGGCGACUGCUAUCAGCUGCAGCGGAGCGUCAUCGGAUUCUACCACAGAAGAUCUCUUCUAAACAAUCCUCCAUCUCGCUAUUUUUUCUGUUCAGUUAUUGUUGUGUUUUGCGCAGUUACGUUGCUGAAUAUUUGCCAGUGUGUGAAUGGAAAACAAGGAUACAUUUCUGCUUUGCUAGCCGGCUAGUUGUCCAGUAGUAGAAUGGAUCAGUACAGUAUUCUGGGUCGGAUUGGGGAAGGAGCUCACGGAAUUGUUUUCAAAGCCAAACACAUCGAGACAGGAGAGACAGUGGCUUUGAAAAAAGUUGCUUUGCGAAAACUUGAAGAUGGUAUCCCAAACCAGGCCCUAAGAGAAAUCAAAGCCCUGCAAGAGAUUGAGGACAACCAAUAUGUGGUGAAGCUAAAGGACGUGUUCCCUCACGGCACAGGCUUUGUGCUGGUGUUUGAAUACAUGUUAUCUGAUCUGUCAGAAGUCAUUCGGAAUUCCCAGCGUCCUCUCACCGCAUCCCAGGUCAAAGGUUACAUGAUGAUGCUGCUGAAAGGAGUGGCUUUCUGCCACGAGAACUCUAUCAUGCACAGGGAUCUGAAGCCUGCAAACCUUCUUAUCAGCUCAACGGGUCACCUGAAGAUCGCUGACUUUGGUCUGGCGAGGCUCUUUUCCAAUGAAGGAGAUCGUCUGUAUAGUCACCAAGUGGCCACCAGGUGGUACAGAGCACCAGAACUUUUGUAUGGUGCCCGAAAAUAUGAUGAAGGAGUUGAUCUCUGGGCAGUCGGCUGCAUUUUCGGGGAGCUGUUGAAUAACUCUCCACUUUUCCCUGGAGAGAAUGACAUUGAGCAGUUGUGCUGUGUGCUCCGAGUGCUGGGAACCCCCAACCAGAAAGUUUGGCCAGAAAUAACAGAACUACCAGACUACAAUAAGAUCACAUUUAAAGAAAACCCACCUAUUCCUUUGGAGGAAAUUGUACCUGACACGUCACCACAAGCUGUGGACCUGCUGAAGAAGUUCCUUGUCUAUCCCUCCAAACAGAGGAUCAGUGCUAGACAGGCUUUGCUCCAUCCGUAUUUUUUCACGGACCCUCUCCCGGCUCAUCAUUCAGAGCUGCCCAUCCCACAGCGUGGAGGAAAGCACUCUAGACAGCGCAUGCAACCGCCUCAUGAAUUCACAGUGGAUCGACCCUUACACGAGAGCUUGGUGGACCCAAGUCUGAUCCAAAGGCAUGCAUGGAGUUGUUUAUGACAGCGAUAUGAGCAGAAAUGUAGGGGUUUGUACUUUGAUUCAAACCAGGAAGUGGCCCAUUAAGUCAUACACAAUUAUUUCAUUUUUAAGGAUGAUGAAAAUAGAAAUAAAACGUUCAAAGUAUUUAUUAUAAUAUACAGAAAUAGGCUAUAUAAUGUUUUAGUUAUUUGAAUAUGCUUCUAGUGAAUUUCAAAAUGGCAUGUCUAGCUUUGCUUUUCUGUCACACGUUUCAAUUUCAUGUAAUAUUUCCAUUUCAAUUUGUAUGGCACAUUUUACAAUACACAUGCUAGAGUAGCUUAUUUGACUUGAUAGCAUCUCAUGCUGUAUUACUUACUCCACUUCGGUGGAACUGUAAAAUGAAAAAAAAAACGAUUCUUCCUGCUUGCUCAACAACCAUUAACCUUAUCAUUUAACACCAGCCAGUAUAAAUGCACUGAUCUGGGUUUUAUUCAGUUAGACACAACUUUAUAUGGUGAUCAGAUAAAAAUGAAUAUACUAGAACAGGUCUGGUCAUGCAGUUUGGUGCCAACACUCUUUAGAGCUCCAGGUUUUCAUGCCAAAUGGCAAAUCGGAGGGUAACUAGUUUGAAAUCAUACGCUACCAUUCAAAAAUUUGGGGUCAGUAAGAUUUUUUAAAAGAAAUUAAUACUUUAAUACAGCAAGGAUGCAUUGAAUUAAUCAAAAUUGAAAGUAAAGCAGCACUUUAAGCAGCACAACUGUUUUUCAACAUUGAUAAUUAAUUAGAAAUGUUUCUUGAGCAGCACAUCAGAACAUUAGAAUGAUUUCUGAAGGAUCAUGUGACACUGAAGACUGGAAUAAUGAUGCUGAAAAUUCAGCUUUGAUCACAGGAAUAAAUUACAUUUUAAAGUAGAUUCAAAUAGAAAACAGUUAUUUAAAAUAGUAAUAAUAUUUCACAAUAUUACUGUAUUUUUGUUCAAGUAAAUGCAGCUUUGGUGAGCAUUAGAUAUCCCUUGUUAAUACAGUUAAUAUUAUUAAUACAGAAACAUUCUACCUUUCAAAUGAUCAUUACAUUGUUGAAAAGCUGUGGAGGAAACUAGCCUUAUCAGUGAACAUGCAAACACCUAGUUUCUAUUAAUAGUGCUAUAAGCCAUCUGAUCAUUGUUUUAUAGAUUUUUCUGAAUUUCUUUAACCACUAACACAGUCAUAGUGAUGAAUCACUUGAGCAAAUACAACAUCACACAACCUCUCUCUUAAAGGUGGAUGCAAUUAGUGUAACUGUAACGUCAAAUUAAGGGCAAAUAAACUCUAAACCAGAACAAAAUGGAA